AAGUGCCCAUGGACAGAAGAGGAGGACGAAGCCAUCAGGAAGUUUGUCUCAGAGCUGGGCAUGCGGCGCUGGUGCCAAAUGGCUGCAUUCUUCCCCAACAGAUCUGCGAAGCAGAUCAGGGAGCGGUGGCACAACCAGCUCGACCCGCGGAUCAGCAGGCAGCCAUGGUCGACCGAGGAGGAGAAGAUCAUUUUGAGCGCUCACGAGAAGUUUGGGAAUAAGUGGGCGGAGAUCGCCAAACUGGUGCCAGGAAGGACUGAUAACGCCAUCAAAAACUUUUGGAACUCCAUCCUGAGAAGAAAGCUGAGGGGCGAGAAGAGUGGGGCAGAGGCAGACGCAGAUCAGCCAAGCUCGCAGUCUAGCGUCGACUCGACAAGCGAAGCGGAAGGGAGUGAGAGGUGA